AUGUUAUCAAUAAAAUAUCAAUGUUAUAGAAAUAUAGUUAGAGGUGUACUUUUAUCAAAUAGAUCGACAACUAUACCAACUUUAUCUGCUGUAUCAUCAAAUUUUAGUUUAUCAAAAACAGAAACCACAAUAACUUUAUCAUCAUCGAUUCAAUCACAAUCAUACUCUACAACCAAUAUUAAACAACAUUCACAACACAGACAACAACAACAACAACAACAAAAUAAUUAUCAAAAAAAUAAAGUAAAAUCAACAACAGUAUCACCAUUAUCAUCAUCAUCAUCAUCAACAACAACAACAACCACAAAUACAAAUACUUUACAAGAUGAUAUAAAUAUAAUUAAAAUAAAUUUAAAGAAUGAUCCACAUGGAUCUGGAUAUAAAUCCUCCAUGUCAAAGAUUCUGACGAAACACACCUAUAAUACACUGGCGAUCGAGGCGUAUCUCGCGUUGGAUCAAGAGAAAUUGGCACUCGAGGCAUUCUCGCGUAUCGACCACUCUUCGCUCACCAACUUUUACACACCGUUCCUCUCGAUCCUCAACUUUUACAUUGCAAAGGGACAGCAUUUCGAUUCGAUAGCGUUCUUCUUUGAGCAUAUCGCCAACUUUGAUGCCAUCAUCCGAAAGGAUGUCGACUAUGCACUCUCGUGGCUACAGGAAAUCAAGGACAAUCAAUUCGUACCAAACUUUGCACCCAUCCAAAAGUUGGCAGAGCUCAUGGCAGAGUUGAACCACGAACAGGGCCUAGAGGAUCUUGCCGUCUACGUGGGCAAUGUCGAAGCCAAGCGUGGACUGGGCACGCGUCUCAUCGUCUACAAUGAACAAUCGAGCAAUGCGUUGUUGCAGAAAUUCACAAAGAUGAUCGAGAAGAACAGCGCCAACAAAUCGCUGUUGACCAACCACAUGAUAAGACACUACCUUCAGAUCGAUCAGUAUGAGCGCGCACUCUACUGGUACGCCAAGCGAGUCGUCGAGUACCAAAUUGCAGCCAAUCACCAUACCGUUUACAAUUUUAUCAUCUACCAUCGAAGAAACAAUCAUAUCAAUCUAAUUGAGUAUUGGGAGCGUAUUCGUACCGGCAAUGGAAUAGAUCGAUCCGUUGAAACAAAGAUUGUCGAAGAAGAUACCACCCGAGCUCAAAGCAAUCAUGUUCAAUCCGCUAUACUUUUCGCUACAGCUGCGAGAUGGACUGGAUGGUCUCGACGGACUGAAACACUAUCAAUCGCACCAAUAUAUAUUUUCAGCAAACUUUUGGAACAAUAUUAUCAUUGGAUUGUUACGGUCGUCCAACAGCCAAGUGGCAAUCGAUUUGGUCAACCGAAUGCUCAAGUUUAUGAACUCGUCGCGAAUCUAUCUCUUAAAAUCGAUGACUGA